AUAUAUUAUAUUUUAAGAUGAUAUACUUUGAGACAUACCAUACCUAAUAUAUGUUGCCAACAUAUAACUAAAUGAAACAUUAUACACCGUAUAUAUUCUUCUAUUUUAGGAUACUGAAAUACAUACUGAUAACUAAACAUAGCAUAACCUUUACUUUAAUAAUUCUGAGCAAUAUUAUAUGCUUUUCCUUCAACGAAUAUUCUACCGAAUGUGCUACUUACAUAGCUGCUUAUAACGUGACGUACAUAAUAUCGUCACUAAUUUCGACUUCGGUUUGUGCGUUAAUGGCCCUCUCGCUUACGAGAUUGCAAAUUCUGAAUUGUUCGGCAUAUAAUAUUGUUUUAAAAGACAAUUAUGAUCCAAUGGACAAAAAACCAAAGAUUCCUAUUAAUCGGAGAUUCCCAAAGAAAACUUUACGAACAAUAAGCUUGCUGUAUUAUAAAAUAGUGAAAGUAAGCAAUAUGCUAAAUCAAACAUUCUCUUUUCAAAUCAUACUGAUGCUGUAUAAGUCCCUAAUAACGAUUUUGGAAAGUAUAGACUACUGUUUAAGCAAUGCAACUGGAAUAACAAUUUGGACUGAUCUAUUCUGGAGCUGCGCAACCAUGUUAGAAGUCCUGAUAAUGUUUUUGCUGACGACAAAACUUCAAUCACAAACCAAAGAAACAGCUAAAAUUGUAAACAUGAUUGAACCUAAUAAAAACGACAUGAUGCAAAUUGAGAAAAUUAUAUUCUUGUUGCAAGCCAAACAGCAUAAAUUAGAUUUAACAGCUUGUAAGCUAUUCCCACUUAAUGCAAAUAUGUUUCUAAAGGUUAGCGAAUUAAUACAUCUGCUUACAUUACAUUGUUGUAUUAAUAUAUAUUUUGCAGCUUUGCGCUACUACCUUGACAUAUAUUGUGCUAAUUCAGGACCCAAACAAUCACCUGAAGAAUUAAUCAACUUUAAAAACUUUUUACAUAUUACAUAUAAUAUUGUCCUAUGAGAGUGUCAUAUUAGUUCUAGGGAACUAAAAAUGACAUAUAGGUAACUUUUGUUAAUAUCUACCUACAUCUAUCUACUUGAAAAAAUUGUAAGUCAUAUUAAUUCAUAAGACAAUCACUCCUCUUAAUAGAACAUUUAACACCGAUCACUGCCGGACACCUCAUCAUGUAUGUAUAUGACAAUUAUGAAACCAAUAUCUAAAAAUUUGAUUUAUUAUAACAUUUAUUAAUAGCUUUUUAUUAAGCAGGUUUGUAAAAAACAUGAUGUGUGGAAUAUGUGGAAAUAACAUCUACAAAUCUGAUUUAUUAUAAAAUUAGUUAAUAAGUUUUUAUUGUCUAGGUUAGUAAAAAUCAAUAUGAUUGUAGAAUAUGCACUCCAUAAUAGACAUUAUACUCUAAAGUGACUGUAAAUAAGUUUUAA